AUGCAGGGAAUGAAGGAAUCCGAAACCAUUAAGGAUUAUUCUGACAAGUUGCUUCUGAUUGUAAAUAAGGAAAGGAUACUUGGAACUGAACUUAAUGACAAUAGAAUAGUUCAAAAGAUUCUUGUAACCUUACUUGAAAGAUAUGAGGCAACUAUUGCUUUAUUGGAAAAUACUAAAGAUAUGAGGCAAGAGGGAUCCAUCGAGGGAGCCCUGCAAGCAAAGUUGCAACUUGGUUCAGAUGCUGUUAAGGGUAAUAAAGGAAAAGGAAAGAAAGGAAACUAUGGAAACUCUGAAGCUACAUCUGAAAAAAAUGCUAUUGCCACCACUAACAACAAAGAAGGCAAAUAUCCACCUUGUCAACAUUGUAGGAGGAGAAAUCACCCACACUUCAAGUGUUGGAGAAAACCUGAUAUGAAAUGA